GUCUCUGGCUCGUUUGUGUCCGGCAGCAUGUAUGUCACAUUACCCGGCACUCUGGGGGAGUGGGGAUAUCCUUACUUUCAGUCUUUUGUUGUAGGAUGGAGGGGAAACAUAACUUCUGGUUUCCCUCACAGGGCAGUCCGAGAUGGAUAAUUACACAGUGGCCCCGGAGGAUGACUAUGAUGUCUUCAUCCAGGAUGACCUGGACAACCAUGAGCUGGACCAGGUCCUCACGCCGGAGUUCCUCUCCGCCCAGCAGGUGCUCCAGUUCUGCUGUGCAGUGUUUGCACUGGGUCUCCUGGACAAUGUGUUGGCUGUGUUUAUCCUGGUGAAAUACAAAGGCCUCAAGAACGUGGGGAACAUCUACUUUCUAAACCUGGCAGUUUCAAACUUGGCUUUCCUGUUUCCUCUGCCGUUCUGGGCACACACUGCUGCCCACGGGGAAAGCCCUGACAGUGGGACUUGUCGCGUUCUUGUUGGACUCCACUCUACUGGCUUAUACAGCGAGACAUUCUUCAACAGUCUUCUCCUUGUGCAAGGAUACGUGGUGUUUUCCCAAGGGAGGCUGUCGUCCACCUUCACGACAGUGCCUGGUGCUGUCGUUACAAGUGUCCUGGCGUGGGGCACGGCUGCUGCGCUCUCUUUGCCCGAAUCUGCCUUUUAUAAGCCUCAGACGGAAAGACAGAAACACAGCUGUGCCUUUGGCAAAGCUCACUUCUUGCCAAUUGAAGAGACAUUCUGGAAGCAUUUGCUGACUUUAAAGAUGAACCUGCUGGUGGCUGUUCUUCCUCUGCUGUUGUUUAUACUCUUCUGUUGGCAAAUGAGGAGAGCUCAGAGGGCCAGGGAGAGGCAGCGCGAUCUUCGCAAGCUUGCUUUUGUCAUAAUGGCUGCGUUCCUUUUGAUGUGGACACCCUACAAUAUUGUGCUUUUCCUCUCGGCUUUCCAGGAACACUUGUUCCUGCAGGAUGAAAAAGGCAGCUACCGCCUGGUUGCGAGUAUUCAGGCCACACAGCUCAUCGCCAUCAUCCACUGCUGUGUCAACCCUCUCCUCUACUUGUUUCUUGACAAGGCCUUUAUAAGAUAUGUCUACAGCCUGUUCCCACGGUGCAAUAAUAUCCCAUUUCAAAGUAGUGGGGACUCUCGGCAAGCUAUGCCAAGGCGAGGUCAUGACAAGCCCAUUGAACUGUAUAGUAGUUUGCAUCAAAGGCAGGAUACAUAAACAUUAAUCCUUGUCUCUUUGCAUUGUUUUAUGUACUUUUUUACUUGUUUCUAUAAAAAUAGAAUAUAAGAAAAAAGGGGGCUGGUUAAUGAAUAUUUACUACUAAGUGUGGGAUUUGUCUCUGGCACAGAACUAAGCUAUUUAUAAGGGUGAACUCCACUCCUCCUCCGUAGUGCUUGUCCACAGUGUGGAUGGUGUGAGUCCCAUAUCUCUGAAAAGGAAGCUGAAGCUCAGGACUCUGCCCAGAGUUACAUAACUAUAAAGUGAUAGAGCUGAACUGUAAACCCAGAGAUUACUUACCUCCUCAGAUCCCAGGAGUUAUCUUAGUGUGCCAAGCUUUCAAUAAUUGUCACCCAGGGGUGAUGGCAUGUGUCUGUGAUCCCAGCAUUCUAGGAGACUAAGGCAGGAGGAAUCCCACAAAUGCAAGGAGGCCUUGGGCAACACAGCAAGACCUCUCCCAGCCUCAAUUUUUUUGUUGUUUAACAAAAUAUGUGCAAUGAAUAUGUGCUUUUAAAGCCCAAUGUUUUUGUUUUGUUUUGAAGACAAAGUUUCUUUGUGUAGCCCUGGCUAUCCUGGAACUCUCUUUGUAGUUCAGGCUAGCCUUAAAUUCAGAGCUGUGCCUGUCUCUGCCUCCCAAGUGCUAGGAUUAAAGGUAGCGUGUGCCACCACCAGUGGU